AUGUCUAUUUCUUUCCAUGCUCGUUCUAACAGUGUUCCUUCAAUGCAACACCCACAAGCUGCUUAUGUUGAUGAGCAGUUGGCCAGAUUGAGAUCUUCUGAGGCGGCUUCCAGCUCUUCUAUUUACCAAAGACUAAGCAACCUUCAAGACUUACAUGAUUCUCUUGACAAGAUGAUUCGCCUAUCAAUCACCAAUAAGGCUUUAUCUCAAUAUCAGAUUGAGAAGCUUCUUGAUGGAUCCCUUAGGAUCUUGGAUUUGUGCAAUAUGGCCAAGGACGCUUUAUCACAGAUGAAAGAAGGUCUCAAGGAGAUCCAGUCUAUUCUAAGAAGAAAACGUGGAGAUUUAUUCGCGGAGGUCAGGAAAUACUUAGCCACAAGAAAGGUCUUAAAGAAGUCAUUUCAAAAAGUACUCAAGAAUCUGAAAGUGAGCCAAAACAAAGAGAACUGCAAUAAAUUCUUGGUUGUGUUUGGAGAAGCAGAAGCUAUAACAAUUGCUUUGUUUGAAUCUAUGUUUAGCUUCAUGUCCGGAUCUAAGGCUUGUAGAAAAUGGUCUUUGGUCUCAAAGCUGAUGAGCCAGAACAAAGCUACAUGUGAAGAUGAAGCAAAUGAAUUUACAAGAUUGGACUCUGUGUUUGAAUCAGAGAAGUUACUGAAGAUAGAAGAUGUGCAGAUGCUAGAGUGGUGCAUUCAAGAUCUUGAAGAUGGAAUUGAGUCACUCUCAAAGUCAUUGAUCAAAUACAGAGUCUCACUUCUUAACAUCUUUUAG